AUGGUUUUCAGUGCGAUCGUGGUCACAUCGGCCUUAAAGGGUGCCCUGGGCCUGGUGGGAACGAGUCUAUGGCUAAUCCCUCUGCUGAUAGCAGGUUUGUCUUACUACCGAUACGACCAAUUGGACCCAGAAAGUCGACCAAUCGACAGGUACCCUCUCUAUCCAGAGUACGACUUCGUGGUCGUGGGUGCCGGGUCAGCUGGAGCUGUCGUGGCCAACAGGCUGUCAGAAAUUCCUAAAUGGAACGUUCUGCUACUAGAAGCUGGUCCGGAUGAAAACGAAGUAACGGAUGUGCCAUCGCUAGCAGCUUAUCUUCAACUAACGAAACUAGACUGGAAGUACAAAACGGAACCAACAGGGAAGGCCUGCCUGGCUAUGAAAGGUGGCCGCUGCAACUGGCCCCGUGGUAAAGUUCUUGGUGGUUCCAGCGUGCUCAAUUACAUGCUGUACGUCAGAGGGAACAGACACGAUUACGAUCACUGGGAGUCCAUGGGUAAUCCUGGCUGGGGAUACAACCAAGCGCUCUAUUACUUCAAGAAGUCCGAGGACAACAGGAACCCCUAUUUACAGAAGAGUCCCUAUCACUCCACUGGCGGUUACCUGACAGUGCAAGAGUCUCCGUGGAAGACUCCUCUAGUAGUAGCGUUCGUUCAAGCAGGUACAGAGAUGGGGUACGAGAACAGGGACAUAAAUGGAGAGCGACAGACAGGAUUCAUGAUAGCUCAAGGAACAAUUCGCAGGGGUAGCAGGUGUUCCACGGCAAAAGCGUUUCUACGUCCAAUUCGUCUGCGACGAAACAUCCACACGGCCAUGAACUCUCACGUAACAAGACUGCUGAUCGACCCGGUCACCAUGAGAGCAACGGGUGUCGAAUUCGUCAGAGACGGUAGUAGACAGAUAGUCCGCGCGAGGAAAGAGGUGAUUCUUUCGGCAGGAGCGAUCAACACUCCUCAGAUCCUCAUGUUAUCCGGGAUAGGACCCAGGGAACACCUGCGUCAUAUUGGUAUCAGGGUGAUCAAGGAUCUCCGAGUAGGUGACAACCUACAGGACCACGUUGGUAUGGGUGGACUAACGUUUCUCAUAGACAAACCCGUGGCCAUCGUCCAGGAUCGCUUCCAAGCUGCCCCAGUGACGAUGCAUUACAUAGCCAAUGGAAGAGGUCCGAUGACCACUCUGGGUGGCGUAGAGGGCUACGCCUUCGUGAACACCAAAUUCGCGAAUCGAUCGAUGGAUUACCCAGACAUUCAAUUACACGUGGCGCCGGCGUCCAUCAACUCAGACGCCGGCGUCCAGGUGAGGAAGGUUCUAGGCAUAACCGACGAAGUCUAUGACACGGUGUACAGGCCAAUAGCGAAUAAAGACGCCUGGACCAUCAUGCCGCUUCUGCUCAGGCCUAAAUCGAGAGGUACGGUUAGGUUACGCAGCUCCAAUCCGUUUCAUAGUCCAUUGAUCAACGCUAAUUACUUUUCCGAUCCCUUUGACAUCGCUACCCUGGUCGAGGGUGCCAAAAUCGCGAUGAGGAUCAGCGAAUCCAAAGUGUUCAAGCAGUUUGGCUCUAGGGUUCACAGGAUCAAGCUGCCAGGUUGCAAACACCUGAAAUUCGCUUCUGAUGCCUAUUGGGAGUGUCAUAUCCGACAUAUCUCCAUGACGAUCUACCAUCCGGUUGGAACGACGAAAAUGGGCCCGUCCAGCGAUCCCACUGCUGUCGUGGAUUCUAGACUGAAGGUACACGGGAUCGACGGGCUGAGAGUGAUCGACGCGUCGAUCAUGCCUACGAUUUCCAGCGGGAACACGAAUGCUCCGGUAAUUAUGAUCGGAGAGAAGGGAGCUGAUCUCGUGAAGAAUGAUUGGCUGACGGUGGAAACAUCGAGGAGCUAA